AUGAAUGAAAUCUAUUUAAACAAAAAAAAGAAAUUACAAAAGAAUGAAGCAGAGUUUUAUGAUUUAAAUGCUAGACCAGUUAAAUCUUUGGAAAAAAAUUUACAACAAAAUCUAAUAGAUGAUAAUGAUAUCAUUAGAGAUGAAAGUAAUAUUAUUAUUUCUAAACAUUAG